CUGGUAAAGUUGCUUAUUGUAAAGGAAAUGAGGCUAUUUUCAUCUACAUUAAUUCAGGGGUUCUUCUUCAGUUUAUUGAAUAGCUGCAAAGGCUGCGGCCUAGUAGCGUUGUUCCUUACAAAUAGCGAACCUUGCUCAAGAAUUCACCUGUGAAUCUGACGCUCUGAGACGUUUGUCACGCGACGCGGUUUGCGUUCCUUUUCUUUCUCUCAUCUUGCUAUAGAUAGGACGGAACAAUGAGCAGCUCCGAGGAGGUAUCGUGGAUCUCGUGGUUCUGCGGCCUGCGCGGCAAUGAGUUCUUCUGCGAGGUGGACGAAGACUACAUCCAGGACAAGUUCAACCUGACGGGCCUCAACGAGCAGGUGCCGCACUACCGGCAGGCGCUCGACAUGAUCCUCGACCUGGAGCCCGACGAUGAGCUGGAGGAGAACCCGAACCAGUCGGACCUCAUUGAGCAGGCCGCAGAGAUGCUCUACGGCCUGAUCCACGCGCGCUACAUCCUCACCAACCGCGGCAUCGCCCAGAUGAUUGAGAAGUACCAGUCGGGAGAGUUUGGCUACUGCCCGCGCGUCUACUGCGAGAAUCACCCCAUGCUGCCCAUUGGUCUGUCUGACGUGCCCGGCGAGGCGAUGGUGAAGCUCUACUGCCCCAAGUGCAUGGACGUCUACACGCCCAAGUCGUCGCGGCACCACCAUAUCGACGGUGCCUACUUCGGCACCGGUUUCCCUCACAUGCUGUUCAUGGUGCACCCGGAGUACCGGCCCAAGAAGCCCACCAACCAGUUUGUGCCCAGGCUCUAUGGGUUCAAGAUUCAUCCCAUGGCUUACAUUAUCCAGCAGCAGGCGGCCUGUAACUACAAGGCCCCGCUACGCGCCAUCAACUACAACGGCAAACGGCCAUAGAGCGGCGUGUCCUGCCUCUUUCCGCGGCCGGCGAACGGUUCGCCGCCGCUUCCGCUCCACCCGGUGAGUCGCCCGCCGCCCGCCACCGACUCAGAACCGGCUAGAAAGACUGGGAACACAGCUGUAUCACGGGGCAAUCAGCGUGCCACGCGGCAACCGCGUCAGUGGCGCCAACUGACGGCAUUUUCUGUAAGUAGCAGUGCGCGCGCCGUCCGCCGCGUGGCGCUGCUGGUCGGGAGGUGCGGCUGGGUGGGCGGAUGGUGGGGUUUCUAGGCUGGUGAGCUGGUGGUGGAUGUUUGAGUGUGUGUCGGGGGCGUGCAGCCCUGUUAGGAGGUGGAUGAGAUGAACCUUCGCUCGGGACGGGCACUGUAGGACGUCAGGUUCCAUUAAGCCGAAUCGCAUAUCGUUCAAUGACAGAAGCUUCUCGGCUGGAGCAAGAUGUCUAUUCCACACCGUUCAGAUAUCGAUUCCCGUAGUUAGUAAAUCGUCUUUCGAACUGAUUCAACUUCUAACCACUCCGAUUGGUAUGACCCGGCUACAAAUCAGCAGCGGCCGAACUCUACCCCGCCGCCGCGGUUCGUUUAGUGUAUAAUGUUUCGGAGGGGACCCAGGUAUGCUUGGCUGCUGUUCCGUGUACGCUGAGGGCGGUUAUCCGAACGCCGUUGGGUCUGCUGUGUACCUCCAGCGCGCGCGAUGUAGGUGCGUCUGUGUGUCGUGUCGGGUCCGUCUCGGGUUCACGGGCCCCGGCCGGGUGCCUGGCUCGCUCGGCGCGUGGCGAACAAUGUGUUACGGCUGUUUGUGUGCGUGUGCGGGGAUGUAAGCGCGCCAGUGCGUCUGUAGCGUGUGAGUGUGUGUACAUGACCUCAGAGCUGAUGUGUGCCCUCGUUUCUGAUCUGCUGUUCCGUUUUGUCCGGUGUCUUCUAACAGUUACUGAUUAAGUUUAAGAAAUUGAAUGAUAUAGCAGAGUUUAUGAUUGAAAUUCAAUAAUGUUCCAUUAAUAUUCAAUCAGUAUUUCAGUUACUGAUAAAUAUGUUUCUUCAGCUGUUGAUACUUCAGCAGUGUCACGGGCGAUUCGAGCACGAUGAUAACUGCCAACCCCGUGUUAGGUCUCACAUGUAACAAAGCGGUACCUACCGUGUCUCUCUCCCAGCCGAAAUUAAUGAUAUUGUGACUGCGCCCGCGUUACUCUUCGCGCCAAACACGUUCCCAACUGCGCGCCAAUAAAACGACUCGUGAUCAAA